GAAGAAACGAUGGAAAAUGUGCCAAAAAAUUGUGAAAUGCUUCGGACUUCGAACCACUGAGUGACUUCUCAACCCUAUCUCCGUUACUCUCAAUCUCUCACUCGUCGCCGACGCCGUUGCUCGCCGCAUCUGUCAGCCUCCAUCGCCAUCGCUACAGAGUUGGUUGACAUCGGAGCUAAUUUGAAAAGCGAAGAAGAGAGAGAGAGCUCGCUGCAUCUGGUUACUGAAUUCAACUAGAAUUUGACGAAGAAUCAAAAAUUGCUGGCAAGGAUAGUAGGAGUAAACACUUCUGAGCUGUUCCCAAACUUUAUCUGCCUGAAUUUUACAGCUGGUGGCGGCGAAUAUGGAUGGUAAUAUACAAGCUAUAAAGAAAUGGAUUGUGCUCUAUCCUAUCUACAUCAACUCAAAGAAGACAAUAGCUGAAGGCAGGCGGAUUAGCGUCAGCAAAGCAUGUGAAAACCCUACUUGUGUUGAAAUCCAUGAUUGCUGUAUUCACCUGAAACUUCCGUGUGCUAUUGAGGUUGACAAGGCAUAUCCACGUGAUUUUAUGCAAAGGGGACGAGUAAGGGUUAUGUUAAAAAGGGAAGAUGGAAGUCUUUUCAAUCCAGCCAUUUCUUCUAGGAAACAACUGAUGCUCCGUGUUGCAGAAUUGGUCCCCAAACAUUCGAAUAGGACCAAAAAGCAAGAACCUGCGACCUCUUCAGCAGCUGGCCCUUCGAAGCCUGCAAAGGGUGGAAAGAAGAAGAGAUAACUUCAUGAAACUCAUGAUGGUUAUUUCCACCAUAUUUGGUCUGAAUAUGAUGUAUUUUGGAACCUGUCACAUCAUUUUUAUCUUUUCCUCAAUUUAAGAUGCGUUCAGGGUUGCAAAAAAUUUUGGGAUCUGAAGCCCUGCCUCUAUUAUAUCCUACUACCUCUUGUUCCGGACCUUUCUUGCUUGAAUGGCAAUCUCAUAGAGCUCAUUCUUCGUUGGCAAUUCUUGUAUUCUCGUUCCGCUGAUUUAGAAUUGUUUUGCUCUUCCAUGGGUUGAAUUAUAUCGGAUUAGUUAUUGAACCUAAUUAUGUUCAAGUUUGUAGACAUUUAAAACAGGAGUUGGGUCCUGAAACUAGCAUCCCAUGAUAACCUUUGAUAUUUUUCUAGGAGGAAAUGACAGCUGCUUGCUUGACUAUGUAAUUCUAUGUGCAUUAGUCGAAAAGAUCCUCUGCAUCAGCAAACUAUUUCAA